AUGAUAAACGGCAGCCCGAAGGGCCGUCCUAACGGUCAGGCUUAUGAAAACGGCUGGCAGAAUGGCCAGGUGAAUGGCUAUGUGAACGGUAAAGUAAAUGGCCAUGUUAAUGGCUACGCGAACCGGAACGUGAAUGGUCAGGUGAACGGCCAGGUGAACGGCAAGUUUAACGGCCAGGUGAACGGCAAGGUCAACGGCCAAGUUAACGGCAAGGUCAACGGUCAGGUGAACGGCAAGGUCAACGGCCAGGUGAACGGCAAGGUCAACGGCCAAGUCAACGGCAAGCCAAACGGCCAAGUCAGCGGUCAAGUCAACGACCAGGGGCCUGCGGUGGGGCCGUACGAGUACCCGUUUCCGGACGUGAUGUCAUGGGCGUGGGACGCGGACAGCAGCGCGUGGAGUCACUACGAAGACGAACGUGCUCCGUCCGGCCAGCAGCGUCCGAUCGACGGCGAGAACGGAUAUGUUCAUGCGCACGAGACAAAGCAUGGUGAGACCGGCGCCAGCCCCGACGGGCGCGGAGCGGCUGCUGCUGCUGCUGCGGAAGCGGGGAACAUGGAAGGGGCGCUUGAGCGCGCGGUUGCGGUAGUGGCGGUGCUGCGAUCCGCCUUGCCGUAUGGCAGCUGGUGGCGCAUGGAAGAGGAUGCGGGGAAGGCGCAGGGGCAGGGGAAAGCGGCUGGGAAGGGCAUUGGAAACGAGGCGGCGGCCAGUGAGGGGAAGGGGGAAGGCGGAGCGGAGGCGGCGGAAGCUGAGGGGGUGGGGAGCCUGGCGGAUGCGGGUCGCAAGCUGUGGCGAUUCUGCGCGCCGGAUAAGGCGCUGGUGGUGUUGGCGUUCGUCUUCCUGUCGCUUGCUGCGAUAUCGGAGGUGACGAUCCCGCAUCUGCUGGCGUCGACCAUCUUCGCGGCGUCCAACAACAUGGGCGCGCAGUUCGCGCACAACGCCAAGCUGCUCGUCGCGCUCACGCUCGCCUGCGGGGCCUUCAGUGGGCUGCGCUCCUUCUGUUUCACGGUGCUCAACAUGCGCAUGGUGUGCCGCAUGCGAGAGGCGCUCUUCUCAACCAUCAUGCACCAGGACGUGAGUUUCUUUGACAAGGAAUCAGUAGGCGAUCUGACCUCGCGGCUGGGCGCGGACUGCCAGCAGGUGGCGCAGAGCACAGCGGGGGACGUCAACGUCAUGCUGCGCAACGCGCUGCAGGGGGCGGGCGCCAUGUGCUUCCUGCUGCGCCUCUCCUGGCGCAUGGCGCUCAUCUCCGCGGGCCUCUGCGCCCUCAUGUGGUGCUGCCUCGUCGCCUAUGGCAGGUUCCAGAGGGAAAGUGCCCGCCUUAUCCAAGACACUGUCGCAUCGGCCAAUGAGGUGGCAGAGGAAACCAUCUCACUGGCUCGUGUGGUUCUCACUUUUGGCACGGAACAACAGGAAGUCAACAGGUACAAGGUGCCGCUGCAGCGUCUGCAGCGUGUGGGUCUGAGGCGCUCUGUGGCAUAUGGCAUGUGGAACUUUGGCGGCAACACCAUCUACAAUGCCACACAGGUCCUUGCUAUAAUCAUGGGCGGCAGUGCAGUGAUGUCAGGGGCCAUCACAGCGGAGCAGCUGACGCAGUUUAUUCUCUAUGCCGAGUGGGUCGUGCACGCCACCUGGUGGGUGGGCGACCACUGGGCGUCCCUAAUGGAUUCGCUGGGCGCCUGCAGCCGCGUCUUUCAACUGUUAGACCUGCCACCUUCAGCACAGCUCGCGCAGACCAAGGGCUUACAGAUGCCAUGGCUGCAAGGCAAGAUCGAGUUUCGGGAUGUGUUCUUCCGAUACCCGACCCGUCCUGAGGCUUCUGUGCUGUCCCACGUGAAUCUGACAAUCAACCCCGGCGAGCUGGUGGCGCUGGUGGGGCUGAGUGGCAGUGGCAAGAGCACUCUCGUGGGACUGCUGCAGCAGCACUACGAGCCCACACAGGGAGAGAUUCUUUUGGACGGUGUUCCUAUAAAGGAGUUUGACACCAAAUGGCUGCGCGGGCAGAUGGGGGUAGUCAGCCAGGAGCCUCGCCUCUUCAGCACAGACGUGGCAGCAAACAUUUCCUACGGCUCGGGCAGCCGAAAAAAGAGCCACGAGGAGAUCACGCGCGCGGCCUGCGCGGCUAACGCGCACGAUUUCGUUUCGGAGCUGCCCGAGGGGUACGCGACAGUGGUGGACAACUCGCGGCUGAGCGGCGGGCAGAAGCAAAGAAUCGCGAUUGCCCGGGCAUUGGUUCGGGACCCAAAGAUUUUGAUUCUGGACGAGGCGACGAGUGCGCUGGAUGUGGAGAGUGAGAGGAAUGUGCAAGGGGCAUUGGAUGAGGCGAUGAAGAGGGGGAAGAAUGGCCGGCGCGAUCAUACGGUUAUUGUGAUUGCUCACAGGCUGUCAACGAUCCAGGCAGCAGGCCGCAUUGUGGUGAUGGCUCAUGGCAGGAUAACGGAGGUGGGCACGCAUGCACAGCUCAUGGCCAAGGGUGGUGAAUAUGCCAGGCUGGUGAAUAUGCAAGAUCAUACACCAGCAUUCGCGAUGCCUUAG